GGCGUUUGAAAAGCGCCCCAGGAAAAGGGGCGGGGGAGGAACCAACGGCCGCUGGGGGGGCGAGGGAGGGGGGGUCGCGGAGGGCCCGUCAUGGCGCACAAACAGAUCUACUACUCCGACAAGUACGACGACGAGGAGUUCGAGUACCGGCACGUGAUGCUGCCCAAGGACAUCGCCAAGCUGGUGCCCAAGACCCACCUGCUGUCGGAGUCGGAGUGGCGGAACCUGGGGGUGCAGCAGAGCCAGGGCUGGGUGCACUACAUGAUCCACGAGCCAGGUGAGCCCCACGGGGGGGCGGGGAGCGCCCGGAGGGCCCGGCCUGACCGCCCCUCUCCCCCCGCAGAGCCCCACAUCCUGCUCUUCCGAAGGCCGCUGCCCAAGAAGCCGGAAAAGUGAGCGGUCCCCGCUCUGCCGGAGCUCCCAGCCCGUUCGAGCUGGGAAAGCACCUUCCUCCUCCUCCUCCUCGGCGUUCCUGGGGGGCUUCACCCCCUGGCCCUUGGUGCCGCCUGGGCGCCGCCGUGGCGACUCGGCCCCGUGCCGGGGUUUUUUCCUGUUGCGAGGCCUCCGAAGCUUCAAUAAAGUGAUGUUUUUGGGAGC